CAAACCGCUCGGGUCAAACAUCAACGAAGAAAAGACCCCCUUUCUCCCCUCCUUAGCAGUUUUAUUAUUAACCUGCACACGGGGUCAUUUAGGUUGUUUUUUAAUUAAUUAAUUUGUUUAUUUAUUUAACAAACACCUUUAUGAAAAUGUCUCCGCUGCUGCUCAGGGCCUUCGUGAACGAGCGGCUCACGGCGGUGCUCGGAGAAAUCCUGGAGGUUUUCGAAGGAGCGAUCGCCAAAUACGAAGAAGAAGCGACCAACUCCAAGCAGGAGAUCGAUCGGCUGCAAGCUUUGCUGCUGGAGCUGCAGAGUCAGAGGACAGACGUUCCUCAGACCCAAGACCAAACUUCUCGCGAGUCCAGGCUCCGUGAGGGAACCCAGUGGAUUCCGGAGCUUCACCACAUUAAAGAGGAAGACCACGACGAGCUCUGGGCUGCCAAUCAGGACGAGCGACACCAGCCAGGCGUCGAUGAAGAUGCCUUAAAUCUUCCUCAGGAGAUUGGGGAGGAGCUUGAGCAGGAAGACACAAAACCACCCGGGCAUCGUUGGACUCAAAACUCAGAACCCGACGAGUUUCAGGAGCCUCAGGAAGUGAAGCUGGCCGAGGUCAAGCCUCCUCCACAAGACGACGCCGUGGUCAUUUUUCCACCUGACCUAACAGAACAGGCCCAGUCUAGCUUCGUCUCACCUAGAGACUCGGAUUCAUCCCACCUGAACUCACACGGAGCCGACUACCGGUGCUCUUUGUGCGGCGACUGCUUCCCCUCCAGCCACCUCCUGAUGAACCACGCCUUCCAAGCCCACUCCAGGGACGUCGGCGUCCUGUGCGCCGUGUGCGGCGGGACCUUCGAGUCCGCCGAGAGCCUCGACGUGCAUCGCCGGUCCCACGAGAACUCCAAGUGCUGCCCAUUGUGCGGGAAGCUGUUCAGGAGCACGACCUCGCUGAAGGAGCACAUGGCGGGCCACGCGGGCCUGAAGCUGCACCGCUGCCACGUCUGCGGCAAGGAGUGCCGACGCAAGGGUGACUUGAAGAUCCACAUGAGGAUCCACACGGGCGAGAAGCCCUUCCGCUGCUCACUGUGCUGCAAGAGCUUCACCCACAGCGGCCACCUGAAGAAGCACAUGAGGAGCCACACGGGAGAGAGACCGUACAGGUGUGACGUCUGUGGGAGGGGCUUCCUGCAGAGCGGUCACCUCAAAUCCCACCUGGGCACCCACGCUCAGAAAAAGUGACGGGGCGAGCUUUAUAUGAAGAGAAUAACUUUAUAGAAGGAGCAACUUGGUGACAAUUUAAGUUUUUUUUGUUUUUUUUAACAGUUAUAAAGAUAUUUAUAUU